AUGGGUAGAUUCCGCGGUAAUUUUAAGAACCUACAGAUACUUCAUCGUAUUCCAAACGCUCUUCUCUUCUCUCCGAGUGAUAUUUGUCUGCUUUUCUCCAUCACAGGGUUGAAUUCCCCCCUCGGCGAGGCGACGGUCAGUCACUGGCCUACGAUCGUGCAGUCUCAGUCAAUACCAUCGUCACGAGCCAACCCGACGGCGCUUAUCAUGCCCGAGUUUUAUGAAUAUGAAAGCACCUGUACACGAUGUCUGCGAAGUUCGCCCCUGCCGUCGCUUCUUCUCAUGAUCCUGGUCUUCCUUGGAGGCAUAGCUUUCGGUGUUGGAGCGAUUUUUGGACUCAGGCGACUCUCCGAACUGCUCAACGUUGAUCCUCUGUUCCCAUACAUGGACUAUGCCAUCUACGCAAUUGUUGGAGCUACAGGCCUUUUCGUGAUCAUCGUCUACAUCAUUUGCGCAAUUUCUUCCGGUUGGAAUGCCAAGAGGUGCUUCGAGGGAACGAGGGCUACCGCUUGUGGAAGGUGCAUGAAUUCAACGCUUCUCGUCUGCCUCAUUUUUGCAAUUUUCUUUUGGGCUCUUGUCGCUUGUCUGCUAACUUAUCCUAUAAUGAGCGGAGCCCUGCUCUUGUACAGAGAUGCCGGGCCCGCGCGCUCACUCACCAUAGAGGAGCCACUAGGCCGUAUGGUUCGCCAAGAUGAGGGAGGUUUUGGUGUAACCGUGGCACCUCGUCUUUCACGAGUCGGUGGUCUGGACAUCAAUCCCUCGGAGGUUAUUGCCAACUUUUUUACCUGCGAUCCCACCAAGGUUGAUCUCUCAUAUUAUGGACUCUAUAAGUCGGACGGGAAACCAAUGAUGCUCGAUUCAACCGAUCUAGUUGCGAGAUUGCGAAACCCCCUCAUUUUCGUGUGUGUCGCCUACCUUGGAGCGAUUACAAUUUUUCUCUCUUACAUAAUGCUGGGGUGUGCCGUGGCGAUGAAUUUUGCGCGGUUGAAAGAACUGCGUUACUACGAGCCAUCGGUGAACGACGACGAAACCAUCCGACUGCGUCAUUGA